AUGGACGAGAAAAAACCUCCCAAACGGCGAAAAAUUCGCGUCAUGAACCAUUCGCCCACACCCGAGGAGGACGACGAGCACGAAUUCGAACCCGGUUCCUCAAGACGGUUCGACAAAUCGCUAACCAUGUUGACGCGUAGCGUCGUAAAGAUGCUCCGCGAAACACCCGAUGGUGUGCUGUAUCUGCGUGAUGUUUCAUCCACACUGUCCAACCGUCAGAAGCGACGCAUUUACGACGUCACGAACGUGCUGGAGGGUAUCGGGCUGGUAAAGAAACAAGUGAAAAACCACAUCAAAUGGAUCGGUGAAGAAGUGACGACUCAGUCAUGCCUCGGAACGGCACGUAAAAUUGGGGAGCAUAUGCGAACGCGCCGGAAUCUGGAGCUGCGUGAAGCGUUAAUCGACAAGCAGCUGAAAGUCAUACGCCAAAGCUCGCACAUGUUGCGUGAGAAUAGCGCGACUGGAUCAUUUCUGUACGUCACGAGCGACGAUUUAACGUCCGUGUUUGGCGAUAACCGAACGCUGCUCACACUGGGCGAGGAUCGCUUAGCGCGCCUCAGACAACCACCAGUCGUCCAAUUCACUAACUGGGCCAUUCCGUACGGUGGAAACACACGCCAGUUGUGGGUAAAAUCGCGACCGAAUGGAGCCCCGUUAACGUUGAUGGUUUUGAAGGAACCGGCCGGUGCGUGCUACACGCGACCAAGCCGACGACCAGCGAUACUCCGUGCAAACGCCGAACAGCGGUACGUAAAGCUCGCCGAAGAGAAGGACCAGCCGGAGGAACUUGACGUGCGCGACGGCUCACAAUGGGACGCACCGGGUGAGCGACGAUACGACGAUUCGGACGAGGAAGAAUACACGAGGGUACGGCAACGAGAGCGUCUCGCGCGGAUACUGCUGGACACUAGUCCCGAUGCUCACCACAGCCUGUACCGCCCGAACGGGUGGAGGAAAAGGAAGAGUGAAACGCGCGGAUUGCUCAUACCGUUUCUAGUGAUUAAGCCACGGUUUUACGGCCGCUUCACGUUCGCGCUCAAACCGAACGAAGGUGUGUUCGAUCUGUUCGGGUACGGCAGGAUCAGCAACCACCAAAGAGCAAACGAACCAACCAGCCAACAACCGGCAAUGGAGGUGGUUCAUGUGGCGCACGAUUAG